GGGAAAAGAAAGAUUUAGGACUUAGGAGUAGUAAACUAGACAUGCCAAACUCAGAGCGACGUCGUUUGACGCAGGACGUCGGAUAAACGGCUCUUCGCUCCCAGAACGAAGAAAAAGACAAAACCUCGUUUUUGGCUGUAAUGAUAGAUAAUCAGAAACAGCAAAAAUUGUUACUCGAGGAAAAUCCGGUAGCCAAACGAACCUGAAUCGAAGUCCUGAAGUUGCAGAGAAUGGAGAUAGAUUCUGCCCCGAUUAGUCGGUGCUCCAAGGAGCACCAGAAGAUCUACCAGGAUUGGUUUUCUUUCGCUGAUUCAGAUGGAGAUGGGCGUCUCACGGGAGGCGAUGCUAUCAAGUUCUUUGCCAUGUCUAACUUACCUCGUCAAGAUCUCAAACUGGUGUGGGCAAUUGCCGAUUCGAAGAGGCAAGGCUUUCUUGGAUUUAAAGAAUUCAUUACAGCAAUGCAGUUAGUCUCUUUGGCACAAGCUGGGCAUGCUCUCAACAGUGAUAUUUUAACUUCUGAAGUUGACUUCGAAAACUUGCAACCUCCGGCCAUGGAAGGUCUAGAUGCACUCCUUGCUAAGAAAAAGCGUGUAUCAAGUGAACCUGAGCAGAAUGGCAGUGUUCAACCACAAUCUUCACCUGCAGCUAGUUGGUUUUCUUCUUCAAAAUCUGCAAAGAAGGUAUCUCUGAGUUCUGUCACUUCAAUUAUUGAUGGCUUGAAGAAGUUGUAUGUACAGAAGCUCAAGCCCCUGGAAGUAACCUAUCGGUUUAACGACUUUGUUUCUCCGUUGCUGACCAAUAGUGAUUUUGAUGCUAAGCCCAUGGUGAUGCUGCUGGGUCAGUACUCCACUGGGAAGACAACAUUUAUCAAACAUUUGCUCAGAACAAGUUAUCCAGGUGCUCACAUUGGGCCAGAGCCCACCACAGAUAGAUUUGUUGUUGUGAUGAAUGGACCUGAUGAGAGAAGUAUUCCAGGAAACACCGUUGCUGUUCAAGCAGAUAUGCCUUUCAGUGGCCUGACAACUUUUGGAACUGCAUUCUUGUCAAAAUUUGAGUGUUCACAGAUGCCACAUCCUCUGCUGGAGCAUAUCACAUUUGUGGACACCCCUGGUGUUUUAUCAGGAGAAAAGCAACGAACACAGAGAAGCUAUGACUUUACCGGUGUAACAUCGUGGUUUGCCGCAAAGUGUGAUCUCAUCCUGCUUCUAUUUGAUCCUCACAAACUUGAUAUAAGUGAUGAAUUCAAACGAGUUAUUGGAUCUUUACGAGGUCAUGAUGAUAAGAUACGUGUGGUUUUGAACAAGGCUGACCAAGUUGACACACAGCAGCUUAUGCGGGUAUAUGGAGCAUUGAUGUGGUCCCUUGGGAAGGUUCUAAACACUCCUGAAGUUAUGCGAGUUUAUAUUGGUUCGUUUAAUGACAAGCCCAUCAAUGAGGCUGCUUCUGGUCCCAUUGGUAAAGAGCUAUUUGAGAAAGAACAAGAUGACCUUCUUGCUGAUUUGAAAGACAUACCAAAGAAAGCUUGCGAUCGUCGUAUAAAUGAAUUUGUAAAACGUGCUAGGGCAGCUAAGAUACAUGCUUAUAUUAUCAGUCAUCUGAAAAAGGAGAUGCCUGCAAUGAUGGGCAAAGCUAAGACGCAACAGAGGCUCAUCGAUAACCUGCCUGAUGAAUUUGCAAAGGUUCAGAGGGAACACCAUCUACCAGCUGGAGAUUUCCCUAAUGUCGAACACUUCAGGGAGGUUCUGGGUGGCUACAGUAUCGAUAAGUUUGAGAAGCUGAAACCUAAAAUGAUACAGUCUGUCGAUGAUAUGCUUGGGUACGACAUCCCCGAACUUUUGAAGAAUUUCCGCAAUCCUUAUGAUUAGAAAUACAUCAAAGUCUUUUUGGGCGGAGGAGAUCAGUUCUUUUUGGAUACCUCAAAAUCUUCUAUUCUACUUUUAUAGUCAAAAGGGGCAUGGUAUAUGUUGGAAAUUAUAUACAUUCAUUGCUUGUGAAUUGAUCACCUGUAUUUGUGCUCUUGAUGAUUCUGUACGAUAUCUACUCUGCUACGUGUUGAAUUGAAUACCUUCCUCCUUGUAACCAUUGGAUGCCUUCACCUACAAUAAACGUAAUAAAUCUUUUUUCAUAU